GUCGGGAUAUAGUCUUAUUUAUAAAUAGCAAAAAUCUAUAUUUCCCCUUUCCCCAUUUCUCUCUCCAUCACCACAAGCAAAUCCCAAGCGACGUCUCUCUCCGAAGGAACGGCGAGGUGAUGGCAAUGUGGUAGACGGGAUGAUCGAAAUCGGUGGAAGAACUUGAUCUUUUGCCGAGUCGGUUUGGGGUUUCUCCGCGGACUGUAGCUGCAUCGGUUGGAAUGGAUGAGGAUGGGGGGUUGGGCAUUCGGAAUUGGGGCUACUAUGAGCCGCCUUCGAAGGGGAACCUUGGCUUGCAGCUCAUGUCCUCGGCUGCGGAGCGCAACACCAAGCCUCUGCAGUCCGGCGGAGGAUUCUUCCAUCGGGAUUGCAGUAUCCCGGAGCCAUCCGUGCAGAUGGAUUUUGGGAGAGAUGGCUGGAUCCACCAUGGACGAGACAGCAAUAAGAUCCUUGAGAUGCUGCCGGUGAAUCACCAUCACCAUCACCACCAUUCCCAUUACGGCAUCCUUCAUGAUCCUUCGGUCACCCAGACCAUCCAGAUGUUGCAGCAUCCGGAACCACCCAAGGAUGACAAGCUUCCGAUGAUGGAUGAACCUGUUGGUAAAAAUGAGACUCCUUUAAAGAAGAGGGCCCAGGCUCGCCCCCAAAAAUCAUCAAAAGCUAAGAAGCCAAAGAAAGUAGCAGCACCGAAAGAUGAGACCACUAAUGGUUCUGUGUCACAUGGGAAAUCUAGUAGGAGCUCAGGAAUGGUCAUUAAUGGGAUUACCCUCGAUAUCUCAGGGAUCCCAACGCCGGUUUGCUCUUGCACAGGCAAGCCACAGCCAUGCUACCGAUGGGGCGCUGGAGGCUGGCAGUCAGCUUGCUGCACCACCAGCAUUUCGAUGUACCCCCUCCCAAUGAGCACCAAAAGGCGAGGGGCGCGCAUUGCCGGCCGGAAGAUGAGUCAGGGAGCAUUCAAGAAGGUUUUGGAAAAGCUCACUGAAGAAGGCCAUAACCUGUCUAAUCCAAUUGACUUGAGGCCUCUCUGGGCUAAACAUGGCACCAACAAGUUUGUGACAAUAAGGUAAAAUGGGCAAUUGUUGGUUGCCAUAUUUAGGUUUCACCUCUGCAUUUGGUCUUUGCUCAUAAUAUGUAAGAAAUCUGUGUCCUUCUGUGGAGGUCCCUUGAAUAGGUUGUAGUGCAGUCUUUAUCAGGAAUGUUUCAUGCUUUUUGAGGUUCAGAUGCUCAAAUAAUCUCUUCGUCCUUUUCUGCAGCUUGUAGCUUUAAGUUCACUGGUGCUAUCCAAGUCGAAUGGCUUUUCAAUUAUUAUAAUUUCCAUAGUUUGUGAUGUAAAAUUGUGCCCUA